AUGACAAGUCUGUCAUCCUCUCUUCGUCCCCAUCCCGUCACCCACUCCCCUACCUCUUCAAUAUCCUCCCAAAACACCACCCCAACUUCACCUCACUUCGCACAAAACGGAAGUCAAACCUCUCGUCAUCCGUAUGCCUCUUCCCAUCACCUUGAGCCACAACCGCGUCAUCAAUCAUCUCUCAAUUCUAUCUCCACUUCAGCAACGUCUUCAUCCUCCGUUAACGUGAUACAUCAUCGAAGACCUCCUACUCCACCUCUGCUUCGACCACCUUCGGGACAGCCGUUCAAUGACUAUCUCAAAGGAUGGGGUCAACAAGAAUUGGCUGCUUUCCUCAACCUACACCGAUGUGGACAGUAUGCAGCGGCUUUCCAGAAGAACGAUAUAGAUGGGAAGGUCCUGUUGGACUUGGACAUGUCAGCGUUGAAGGAGAUUGGAAUAGCGAAAGUUGGAGAACGGGUGAAAUUGUUAGGAGGGAUCAAGGAUCUUCGGAAGAGAGCAGCUGGAAGCGCAAGAACGUCAACGUUGACAAUGAGGUCUGGAAGUGUCAGAAGUGUGGCUACACCGCCUAGUGAAACAUCAGAAGAAAUCAUAUCUCCUCUACUUCCUGAAUCUGUCCGAUCACACUCCCGGCUCGCCCAACCUUCUUCCAGCUCUAGCUCAAGUUCAACGAGACGACUCAACACCUCUCGACCUCCGCCUUUAGAUCUGCAGCAAUACAAAUCCUCUCGUCCUCUUCCGCAAGCAUAUCAAAACAACUUGCCUUCAGCCACGUCAUAUCGAUCGACUACUACUACACCCAGACCUAUCCCAUCUAUACAGCAAUCAGUAUCUUCCAGACCCACAUUGCCCUCCCAAUCCAGCUCGAAUGCAACGAUCACACUCUCCAACAGUAAUGGCAUUUCUGUUCCUGCUCCCAAUAUCUCGCGUCAAAAUAGUUUACGACCCCCACCGUCAAGAGAUCCCAGCCGUAAAUCGCCCAGUCCGAUUAACGUUGAUUCAUCGAAUUUCGCUUCUCGCCCUUUACCUCCCGACCCAAGCGCAUCUCAACAGUCCUCAGCAGCUGAAUACGCAUCUGCGUAUACACAACAGAACCAACAUAGGCAGGGCGAGAGCGGUAGACAAACACCAACCUGGGCGCAGAGUGACAACGACUUUGGUCUACCUAAAGGACCUGCAUCUGGAAGUGGUUCAAGGGUUACUUCUGUUCGAUCAAAUGACUCUGCGCAUCGUAAAUCUCCAAGUAUAUCUCAAGCUGGAGGAACGACGCCCAAGCAGAUUAGCCCGAUCAAGGGGAAAUUCCCCUCUAUAAUGGGUUUGGGAGGAAGAUCAGCACCACAACAUCCUUUCGCUGCUGCCAGUAGGAGUAGAGACGAACUCGUUUUAGAACGGCAGAAUUCGGACAAUCUCGCUUCAAGCACCAGCAGUCUGCCAUCAAAACGAGCGGUGACACCCAAUCCUGGAUAUGUUGUAGGAAGAACCGUUACUUCUUCCGAUCGUACGAGAAAUAAAACUGGAAAUGAAUCUUUGGCAAGUACUGUUUCAUCCAAUAACAGCCGAGGUGCACCUUCACUGGAUGACCUUCGACGUCAACUUGUCAAGUUCGUCAAUGCAGAAGAUGGAACGAUGAGAACGGUGAACGUAAUGCAUGCUUCAAGUGGUGUAGAAGUGCUUGAGAGAGCUCUAAAAAAGUUCGGGAAAUGGGGUACUGGCGUACAUGUACACACAGACACCGAGAGUGAUGAGGAUGGAGAAAGGCUGGAGGUAGAUGGAUGGGGUGUCUAUGCCGAUAGUGACCCAGACAAUGAUUCGAGACCGUUGUCUGAAGCUGAUUUACUUGGAAUUUGCCUCUCACAUCGAGAUGGGACAUCGAUAAGGGAUAAAGGGCUAACCCUUCGUCGAACAAGAAAGCUUCAAAAUCGAAAGAACAUGAAAGACUACCUGGGAGAAGCCCCACCUCAACCCAUGUCUCCAGCUUCACCGACACCCUUCUCUGGACCUCGAUUUGGGGAACACGCCAAUCUACUUACCCCUGUCAAAUCCGCAGCUUCGAAAAAGAUGAACAGAGCUAGUACUGUUAGUGUUAUGUCUGGCCUAGGAGUACCCAUGCCCGAAGUCCCUCCUUCUCCAAGUACAGCUAGAAGCCCGUCUUCAGCGAGUUUCAUCAGUGCAAAGAAGAAAUCGGUCUACAACUUUUUCGGUCAUCGUCCACCUAGUGAAUUGAUCUCAAAUCACUUGGCGGAAUACUUCCCUUCUGCAAAAAGGAAAGAUGUCGAGAAAGCUAGACAUAGUAUGCUCAGAAUGAGCAGUGGGUCUGGUCUUCGAAGAGGCAGUAUCGCCCCUUCUGAUUCUCUUGGAAGAUUGAGUUUUGAUUCCACGUUCGCUCCAUCAAUGAAACGAUCCAGUGUUCGGAUCGCCGAGCCCAUGGCAGAAUUUAAAGCUUCUCCCCCUAGCAGAAGUACAAGACCUGGAAGUAGGGCAACGAUGAUCUCAUCUCCACCACCAGCUGGAACAAUCCCAGAAGAGGAAAGUGAGAUUUUGGGCGAAGAACAUCCACCAAGAUUAUCAGUAUCACACGAUGAUGGUAUUCAAACUCGACCUCAUAUAGAUGGCGAAUCUGAUGCUGAUUCGUCGGCAUCAGUUGAAAGUCAACCACCCCUACUGCCACCAUUUCAACCUUCAGGUGAAUCGUUGGCCGAAUCACUAGUGAACUAUUCUCCGACGCCAAAGCAAAGUAGACCGAAAUCGAUAGCAUUGCGACGAAGGGGUUCUGCGGAUUCAUCGAGAUCUAGAUUCUCAAUGUUAUCGCAAUUAAGACGUAAUAGAGAUAAAACAGAUACAGCGUCACUAUUGACCGUGGACGAAAUCACUGCAGAAGUUGAGAAUAGGCGAUCAAGCACAAUCACAUUUGAGGAAUCCGAUGACGAUGAAGAAGAAGUUAUCCUUCCACCUGCACCACCGAUAGUGCCCGGAGGAUUCAAUGUACCCCUAGACCAAGGUGAUAGUGAUGGAGAUGAUGAAAGUGACGCGACGGAGACGGAAACAGAGACAGAGACGGAAGACGAGUCAACUGAAGAGGACGAAACAGAAAGUGAAAGUGAAGAAGAUGAAGGCGAAAAUGAGCACGGGAAAGCGUUUACUUCGACCGGAUCUAAGCGAAUCAUCAAAUGGAUCAAAGGUGCUUUGAUCGGAGCUGGAUCAUUUGGUUCAGUCUACUUAGGGAUGGACGCACACUCAGGUCUGCUGAUGGCUGUGAAACAAGUCGAGCUACCUACUGGAUCGGCAAGGAACGAAGAUAGAAAGCAGAGUAUGGUGUCUGCCUUGGAGAGGGAGAUCGAGUUGUUGAAGGAAUUGCAACACGAGAAUAUAGUCCAAUACCUAGACUCAUCAGCAGACGACAACCACCUCAAUAUUUUCCUAGAAUACGUUCCCGGUGGCUCAGUAGCAGCUUUACUGAGCAAUUACGGCGCUUUCGAAGAAGCAUUGGUUAAAAAUUUCGUCCGACAAAUCCUCUAUGGGUUGAACUACCUUCACGAGAGGGAGAUCAUCCACCGAGACAUCAAAGGCGCCAACAUUUUGGUCGACAACAAAGGUGGAAUCAAAAUUAGCGAUUUCGGUAUCAGUAAAAAGGUUGAAAAUAACCUAAUGACUGGUCUCAAAGCGAAUCGACCUUCUUUACAAGGUUCAGUCUUUUGGAUGGCUCCCGAGAUCGUUAAACAAACUUCGUACACCUCAAAAGCGGACAUCUGGAGUGUUGGUUGUUUAGUAGUGGAGAUGCUCUCCGGAUCACAUCCUUAUCCCGGAUUAACCCAGAUGCAAGCCAUCUUCAGGAUUGGGUCACAGAUGCCUGUCCCAGAAAUCCCAUCAGAUACCUCUUCCGAUGCUGCCGAUUUCCUCAGAAGAACAUUUGAAAUAGAUCACAAUGCUCGUCCAACAGCUGCUGAACUCCUUCAACACCCAUUCAUAGCCCUACCGAAGAAAUCGAGAGAUAAUGCUAUCUCAAUCGCUGAUGCUCAAAGAACCAUGGGAAUGGCCAUGGCGAGUGCUAAUCAGGGUAUGGGCGGAUUCAUGGGAAAGGCAUAA